AUGCACUCGUUCUUCAACCUCUUCUUCACGCUCGUGGCCGUACUCGCAGGCCGAGCACUCGCUCUAAACAUAACCAUUGGUGGCUCGCUGGGCGUCAUACCUGCCACCCAGUUCCUGAACGUCAGCGAUGCGACGCUCGCGAGCGACUGCCAGACCCAGUGUGCCCCCGGUUUCACCGCCAUCCAGGCAUGCACGGACGACGUCUGUCUGUGCGACAUGUCGACCGUUACCGCGGUUACCGCCUGUGAACAAUGCAUGUUCAACGACCUGAUCUCGAAAAACACCGUGAGCUCCGACCCGAGGGCCGGAUCUGCCACGGCGCUUUCAGCGUACGCUGCCGCAUGCCUCGCCUCGGUCAACGUCACCGUUCCCACGACGGAGAUUACGCUGACGCUCCCCUCAGAUUGGGACGGGCCUUUUGGGCUCGGGCUCGACACGGCCGGUACGGUGAUCACCCUUAUCGCGGGCAUUCUGUUGGCCGGCGGGUCUCUUACAAUCCUCAACACGAUGUGA